AUGAAUUCAAAAUUAGUAGUCAUCCUUGUCUAUGUAGAUGAUCUUCUAGUGACUCGGAGCAGUCUAAGAUUGAUCCAACAAGUCACGAAGGAUUUGAAGGAGAGGUUCAAGAUGAAAGAUCUUGGUGAACUGAAAUACCUUUUAGGGAUUGAGUUCUCUAGAUCUCAGAAAGGAAUUGUUAUGUGCCAAAGGAAGUAUGCUCUAGAACUAGUCUCUAAACUAGAGCUAGCAUGUGCAAAGCCAGCAGCAACACCUCUGGAGUUCAAUCAUAAGCUCACAUUCAUUGAGUUUGACAAGCAAAUACCAAAAGCUGGGUCUACAGUGGAUAGAGAACUUGAAGACAGGGGAGGCUAUCAGAGACUAGUUUCUCACAUGGAAGUUGCUCAAAGAGUGGUGAGGUACAUAAAAACUGCCCCUGGAUUUGGAUUGUUUAUAUCUGCAAAAGCAAGCAAAUCUUUGUAUGCAUACUGUGAUUCUGAUUGGGGGACUGUGUAG